AUGUACACUGACGGAGCAUCCAAGUCCCAGGGAGCUAGUAUUGGCGUCGUAUUAGAAGCUCCCUCGGGCCUCAAAAUCGAAGAAGCCAUUUGUUUAGAGCAAUCCACAACGAAUAAUGAAGCAGAAUAUGAGGCACUAAUCUAUGGUUUGGAACUCGCACGGGAGAUGGGAAUCCAACGUUUGAAUGUCAGAGGCGACUCACAGCUUAUGAUAGAGCAAGUGGCCGGAAAUUUUUAUACCAAAGCACCCCAUCUAGCUAGCCUUCUACAGAAAGUGACUGACUUACGCUCGCAUUUUCGCCAGUUCGAACUCAUACAAGUACCUAGGGAGCAAAAUCAGAAGGCUGACGCCCUUGCCAAAUUAGCUUCUGCGGGAGGAUGCACACGCCAGUCCUCCAUAUCUAUAAGCCGAUCAAGCAAAGAUAUGGAAGUCUAUUCCACCUCAUCAGAACCUGAAUGCUGGAUAGAUCCGAUCAUAAAGUACUUGACCACCUCCGAGCUCCCACCUAAUCCGAAAGAUGCAAAGCUUCUGCGCCUUCGGGCACAACGCUAUUCCAUGAUCCAUGGGACGUUGUACCGAAAAUCCUUCAACGGCCCAUAUCUACGGUGUUUGCUUCCAUCAGAAGCUAAAAAAUUGUUAGAAGAAAUACACGAGGGGACAUGUGGAAAUCACAUAGGGGGACGGAGUUUGGCACACAAGGCACUUACAGCAGGGUAUUACUGGCCAUACAUGAUGACAGAAGCGCGGGACUAUGCCAAAAAAUGCAACAAAUGCCAACGGUUUGCACCCACCAUCCAUCAACCUGCUCAAACCUUACACUCCAUCGUUGCACCUUGGCCUUUUGCAAAAUGGGGUAUGGAUGUAGUAGGUGAACUACCUAAGGCUGCUGGUGGAAGACGGUAUGCUCUGGUAGCCACUGACUACUUCACAAAGUGGGUUGUGGCAGAGGCAUACGUCACGGUCAGCAAAACAGACACUAUGUCCUUCAUAUGGAAACAUAUUAUAUGUCAAUUCGGAAUACCCUGGGAGAUAGUCGUGGACAAUGGAACUCUGUUCCAAAAUGCAAAGGUACAAGAACUAUGCGACAUGUACAAGAUCAAGCUAAGCUUCGCCUCUGUCACUUACCCACAGGGCAUGGUCAAGCAGAGGCUUCCAACAAAGUCAUCUUUGCCAACAUUAAGAAGAAUUUGGAAGACAAAAAAGGAGCGUGGGUAG